GCGGACUCGCGCUUUCGAAACGUCGGUCGUUUGCCUCAUUAUUGCCAAAAUUCCGGCAAUUUUACCGAGCCAGAAUAUCGAUAUUCGCGACUGGCAGGUUCCACUUGACGUAAAAUUGGCUGAUCCGAAAUUUAACAUUAGUGCGGGUGUGGACAUUUUACUCGGGGCCGAACUCUUCUUCUCGUUAUUGCUUAGCCAGCAAUGUAAAAUAAAUGUUGGAUAUCCACUCUUACAGGAAACUGUGUUUGGACAUAUCGUGUCAGGGAUGUACGCGGGGCGUGGAGCAAACCCAUCGCUGUGCAUAAUCAGCAGUGCCAGCGGGCUGGAUGCCAUCCUAGAGCGAUUCUGGCAAGUGGACGACUUUGACCGCGGUCGAGCGCUGUCGCUAGACGAUAGGUGGUGUGAGGAUCACUUUAAUCGCACGGUUUCGCGUCGGGAUGACGGGCGUUACGUGGUACGGUUACCAAUCCGCGAAGAUCGAAGACCUUUUCUCGGUGACUCGUAUAAUCUAGCCCAGCGUCGGUUCCUGGCUAACGAGCGCAGAUUUGGAUACGACCAGCAGCUUCGCGACGACUACCUGCGAUUUAUGGACGAAUAUGCUGAACUCGGACACUUGGAACCGGGCUUACGCACAGGAAAUGCGGCGUACCGUCCAAGAUUUUGGAAACGAUGGACUCGGGAUUACGUUCAUCAUUUGCAUCAACGUCCAAAAUGGCACCAAGGCACUCGAAACCCUCAGGUCGGCGAGUUAGUUUUGUUGAAACAAGAGAACCUUCCGCCGUUGCAAUGGAACAUCGGACGAAUAACCGCCACACAUCCGGGCAGAGACGGCAGGUGCAGGGUGGUCGACGUCCGCACCACAAGGGGAACUUACCGGCGUGCCGCAGCAGAAGUAUGCCUGCUGCCAAUCGAAACCGAGAGCAGCAAAUUAGAAAACCCAGCCCAGCACCAGAUACAGCUCCCGACAAGCCAGCCCGAACUGUAA